UAUUAUUAUUUAUAAAUUAUAAUUAUAAAUAAAGAUAAUAAUAAAAUAAUAAUAAUAGAUAAUGAUAAGGGCUUUGUUACGUUUCCACAUCAAAGUAAAAUAUAGUACUUAGUUCUUUUUUCUUUCAUUUAAUGCCUAUUGGUGUUCCAAAAGUACCUUUUCGAAGUCCUGGAGAGGAAGAUGCAACUUGGGUUGACAUAUACAACCGACUUUAUCGAGAAAGAUUACUUUUUUUAGGUCAAGAGGUUGAUAGCGAGAUCUCAAAUCAACUUAUUGGUCUUAUGAUAUAUCUCAGUAUGGAGAAUGAUACACAAGAUCUGUAUUUGUUUAUAAACUCUCCUGGCGGAUGGGUAAUACCGGGGGUGGCUCUUUAUGAUACUAUGCAAUUUGUACAACCAGAUGUACAGACAAUAUGCAUGGGAUCAGCCGCUUCAAUGGGAUCUUUUAUCCUGGUCGGAGGAGAAAUUACCAAACGUCUAGCAUUCCCUCACGCUUGGGUAAUGAUCCAUCAACCCGCUGGUUCUUUUUCUGAAGUAGCAACGGGAGAAUUCAUCCUGGAAGUGGGAGAACUGCUGAAACUACGUGAAACCCUGACAAGGGUUUAUGUACAAAGAACGGGGAAACCCUUCUGGGUUGUAUCCGAAGACAUGGAAAGAGAUAUUUUUAUGUCAGCAACAGAGGCCCAAGCUUAUGGAAUUGUUGAUCUUGUAGCGGUUGAAUGACAAUAAAUAGCCUGAAUUUUGCGUCAAUUCGUGAUUUAAAAUGAACCCUGCCGCGUUUAAUAUUCUAUGAAUUUAUUUACUAUCUAUCUAUAUCUAUUGAUUGAUGAUUGAUGAUUCUAUUGAUCUAUCGAUUCUAUUCUAUUGAAUAAAAGUCAUUCAUAAUCAUACGGUUAGGAUCGAUCUAAACCAGCCCAUUAUGUAUAUGAUUCAACAUGCCAACGAUUAAACAACUUAUUAGAAAUACAAGACAGCCAAUCAGAAAUGUCACAAAAUCCCCCGCGCUUCGGGGAUGCCCUCAGCGUCGAGGAACAUGUACUAGGGUGUAUGUGCGACUCGUUCAUAUCAUAAACUAGAACAAAGGAAAGAGAACAAUGUUCGAAUAUCAAUGAUCAAAUAGGAUAGAACGGAAAAACAAACUACAUUUACUAUCUAAAACUAAAAAUAAGAAAAUGGGGUCAUAUCCCUUUUAUUGUGUAUGAAAUUUAUGGUUUCUUUUGGUGUAAAACCACUCACCUCAAUUCAAGAUGAGAAGUAAUUCUCCAUUGGUAGCAAAUGGUUAUCCAUUAAGCGGAGGAAAUCUUAGAUAGACCCAUCUUGCAAGAACGGACUAACAGGGUCAGCUACCCAGCCAACUUUCAUAAUUAAAUACCGUUACUGUAUAGGUAGAGCUCGUUGUGAAAGACCUAUUACUGGAUAAUUCAUGGGUAGAGCCGAAGAAUGUGAACUAUACAAGUUAGCAAUAACAUUGAUUAAAUGAAGUAAGGGCUCCGGUGUAUAGAGAAGACCUCACCGUUUACGAAGUAACCAUAGAAACGAUGGAAUCCACUAUUUAGUUAUCAUUGCUAUUUUUUUUUAACCUAGUAUAGUACAAUUUCGUAUUUCGAGGUGAAAUGCCUAUAAAAAAAUAAAAAAUCGUGGUUGGGAAGGUUAUAGUAGCGAAAGCCAUUGGAAUUUUUAGUUUAUACAUUGGAAAAAUCCGUUUUGUUAUUAAUGGAAAGGGGCAAAAGAAUAACUGAAAGAAAGGAAAUCUAUUAGUUAUUCGUUAAAGUUUCAUUUAUUCAAUGACCAGAAUUAGACGGGGAUAUAUCGCUCGGAGACGUAGAACAAAAAUUCGUUUAUUUGCAUCAAGCUUUCGGGGGGCUCAUUCAAGACUUACUCGAACUAUUACUCAACAAAAAAUAAGAGCUUUGGUUUCGGCUCAUCGGGAUAGAGAUAGGCAAAAAAUAAACUUUCGUCGUUUGUGGAUCACUCGAAUAAAUGCAGCAAUUCGUGAAAGGGGGGUAUGCUAUAGUUAUAGUAGAUUAAUAAAUGAUCUGUACAAGAGACAGUUGCUUCUUAAUCGUAAAAUACUUGCACAAAUAGCUAUAUCAAAUAGGAAUUGUCUUUAUAUGAUUUCCAAUGAGAUCAUAAAAGAAGUAGGUUGGAAAGAAUCCACCGGUUAAACGGAGUUGCCCGGAGAAUGAACUCCGGGAAGAUCGAAUAAAAAUGAAUAGAAUUAGAAUAUGAUAAAAUAUGAGAAAGUAUAGUAGUCAAAAUAAAUAUAAAUAUGAAUAUGAAUCAACACGUUCAAUAAAAAAUUUUAUUCUUCCCAGAUUAUUCUUUUUUUUUUUUUUCUUACGACACGAGACUUCAAUCCGGAUUAUUGGAUUUUUCCAACAAAAAGGAAAUCCGCGUUUGAGUUCGGAUGGGCAUUUGAAUUCAAGUGAAGAAAGAGUAAACCUAUCUUUUUCUGGCUCUAAGACUGGGAGUUCUGGUGGUCGACUCGGUUCUUUCAAAUUGUUUCUCAUUAUUAAGAAAAGGUAACAAAGAUAAAAUACGAGCUUGUUUUAUAGCAAUAGUAAUUAAUCGUUGUUGUUUCAAGGUCAAUCUAUUCACUCGUCUAGAUAAUAUUUUUCCCUGUUCACUAAUAAAUCGACUAAUUAAACUCAUGUUUUUAUAAUCAAUUCGAUCCCCCGAUUGGAUCGGGGGCAAACGCCUACGAAAAGAUCGCUUGGAUUUAAGAAAAGUUCGCUUAGAUUUUUCCAUGGUUUGGUUAGUUUAUUUCUUAUCCCUAAAAUCCUAUUUCAGCCGUAUCUUUUAUUAGAAUAAAUAAAUAGGAUUUGGUUUUUUUAUAAUUAUCAUCUUUAACUAUGUUAAAUUAAAUAUUAAAUAUGUUAUAUAUAUAAUGUCAUUUUUGCCCUUUCCUUGUAAGAAAGAUAAGGGCGCCGGCGCUCGGUUCGUUCGAUCUAUUUCUUUAUCUCCCCAUGAAUCGUAUGUUUGUUACAAUAUGGACAGAAUUUUAGCAACUCCAAUCGAUUAGGCGUAUUGUGCCGGUUCUUUUGAGUAAUAUAUCUGGAAAUCCCCGCUGAUUCCUUAUUAACACCGUUUCGAACACAAGCGGUACAUUCCAAAAGAACCGGUAUUCGCACAUCUUUACCCUUAGCCAUGAACCUCCUUUGGAUUUUUAAUUUA